AUGCCAACAGCUGGAGAGGUGAUUGGACUUGACGGAAGGCCACGACGGUGGUCAUCAAGGUCAGGCUUCCAGCCUUUGAAUGGAUCAUCUGGUUCCACCGAUAGGAUAUCCGACGAACCCACCACCUCGGGAGAGGUUGACGAGAAAGAAAUUUUGAGAAAGCAGCAGGUCGCUCAGCUGGCCCGCAGUUUCUCUGUUCAAUCAGGUCAACUAAAGCCUCAGUUGCGACAGGAUGGUGCGCGCGAAUCCAACCUUGAUCCUAGUAGCCCCGACUUCAACGCGAAGCUAUGGGCAAAGGAAUUCUACAACGCACGACACGCCACAGAGGGUAGCACCUCGCGCCGAGUUGUGGGCUUUGCGGCCAGGGACCUGGACGUUGGUGGCUAUGGCAUCGGAGUCGACUAUCAGAUGAGUGUGGGGAAUGCCCCUAUGAAGCUGCUAAAGGCAGUCGGUGACUUCGUCCGAAAGCACACAGCACAGGGACAGAAAGUCAAGAUCCUCCGCGACGUUAAUGCGUUGGUUCUCCCCGGCGAGCAGUUGUGUGUAUUGGGUCCACCAGGAUCAGGUUGUUCAACAUUUUUGAAGACAAUCAGCGGCAAUACGUACGGGCUCAACGUCGGACGGAAUUCUCAUUUGAACUAUCAUGGUAUCACUGCGAAGCAGAUGGACAACGAAUUCCGCGGAGAGGCUGUCUAUACCGCAGAACUGGACCACCACUUUCCGACACUCACAGUUGGUGAUACGCUCUACUUUGCAGCCCUUGCUCGCGCUCCUCGCACAAUCCCCAGUGGCAUGAGCCGCGAGGCUUACGCUCGUCACCAGCGCGACGUCAUCAUGGCCAUGUUUGGGAUUAGCCACACAAUCAAUACCAAGGUUGGCAACGACUUUGUGCGUGGUGUCAGUGGGGGUGAAAGGAAACGGGUGACCAUUGCAGAGGCAGCCUUGAGCUACGCCCCGCUCCAAUGCUGGGACAACAGUACCCGCGGCUUGGAUAGUGCUAAUGCCGUGGAGUUUUGCAAAACUUUGCGGAUGCAGAGUGAUGUCUUCGGUAUUGCCUCAUGUGUUGCAAUCUACCAGGCGCCACAGGCCGCCUACGAGUGUUUUGACAAAGUGACUGUCUUCUAUGAAGGCAGACAGAUCUACUUCGGUAUGGCUUCCAGGGCAAAACAGUACUUCGAAAACCUUGGAUUUGAAUGCCCGGAAGCCCAAACAACUCCUGAUUUCUUAACUUCGAUGACCAGCCCUGUCGAACGCAUUGUUCGCGAUGGGAUGAGCAAUGCGGUGCCCCAUACCCCGGACGAAUUCGCAGAAUGUUGGAAGAAUAGCAAUGAGCACAGAGAGCUCCUGUUGAAGAUCGAGGAAUUCAAUACCCAGCAUCCAUGCCACGGCGAUGAUUCAAAGGAGUUUGCCCUGUCGCUGAAGAACGACAAGUCACGUUGGCAGCGCGAGAAGUCACCAUACACGAUCUCAUAUUGGGCCCAGAUUCGAUUGUGCCUAUGGCGAGGCAUGCUACAAACCAAAAAUGAGAUUGGCGUUCCCAUCUCCACGCUCGUAAUCAACAUUGUGCAAAUCUUGCUUGUCUCCAGUCUUUACUACAAUAUGCCAAACAACACUUCCACCUUCUUUCUUCGCGGCUCAUUUAUCUUCAUCAUGAUUCUUCUGAACACUUUCACUUCCAUGCUUGAAAUCAUCACUCUCUACGCAAAACGUGAUAUUGUGGAGAAACACAGUCGGUACGCGUUUUACCAUCCCAGCGCCGAGGCGCUUGCGGCGAUGGUAACCAACAUACCCUAUAAAAUCGCCCUCUCUAUCUGCAUGAAUGUGACCGGCUAUUUUAUGGCCAAUCUUCGGCGCGAGCCUGGUCCAUUCUUCUUUUACUUGCUAGUCUCAUUCACUUGUAUGAUGUGUCUCUCGAUGGCAUUCCGGCUGUUAGGCUCUAUCACCAAGACCCUGGAGCAGGCCAUGGUUCCAGCAUCAGUCGUCAUCAUCGGACUUACGCUAUACACUGGGUUUGCCAUACCAGUGUCCUACAUGCGUGGCUGGGCAUCAUGGAUUCGAUGGAUCAAUCCUGUAUUUUACGCAUUCGAAGCAUUGAUGACGAACGAGUUCCAUGGACGAGAGUUUCCAUGCGCUGAGUUCGUGCCGUCUGGAUCCGGUUAUGAGCAUAUCCCUCCGUUCCAACAGACAUGCACAGCACAUGGAGCAGUUGCUGGUUCCGGCACAGUUAGCGGCGCAGCGUUCUACCAGAGUUCCUACGGUUAUUCAUAUGCACACCGCUGGCGAAAUGAGGGCAUUCUCAUCGCAUUCACGGUUCUGUUUGCUGUUAUCCACCUUUGGAUCUCUGACGUUAUUAGCGCCGAGCGCUCGAAAGGCGAGGUGCUGGUAUUCCAACGGAGCAAGUUGGCCAAAACGAAUGCGAAGCCUCAGAAAACCGACGAGGAGCAUCUGGGAUCAGAGCUAGUUUCAUAUGGAGUAACCAACGAUUCCGAAUCGAAAGGCAACGUUGAAAAGCAACAGUCUGUGUUCCAUUGGGAAAAUGUUUGCUACGACGUCCAGAUCAAAGGCGAAACUCGACGGAUUUUAGACAACGUUGAUGGAUGGAUUCAGCCGGGAACGUUGACUGCACUCAUGGGAGUUUCCGGAGCCGGAAAAACCACGCUUCUAGACGUUCUCGCCAACCGGGUCACAACAGGCGUCAUCACAGGGGACAUGCUUGUAGAUGGCCGCAAUCGUGAUGAGUCGUUCCAGCGGCAAACAGGCUACGCCCAGCAGCAAGAUCUCCAUCUGCACACCUCCACUGUGCGUGAAGCAUUAGUGUUCAGUGCUCUCCUUCGCCAGCCGCCAAAUUAUACACACAAAGAGAAGCUGGAUUAUGUGGAACAGGUUAUUGGCUUGCUGAGUAUGGAGGAGUAUUCUGACGCUGUUGUCGGCGUGCCUGGGGAGGGACUCAACGUCGAACAACGAAAGCGCUUGACAAUUGGAGUUGAGCUUGUCGCACGUCCCAAGUUGCUUAUUUUCCUCGACGAACCCACGUCGGGCCUGGACAGUCAGACUUCAUGGUCCAUUUGCAACCUGAUGGAGAAGCUAACUCGGAACGGACAAGCGAUUCUCUGUACCAUUCACCAACCGUCAGCGAUGCUUUUCCAGCGUUUCGAUCGAUUACUCCUCUUGGCAAAAGGUGGUAGAACUGUUUAUUUUGGAGAAAUUGGCCAUAAUUCGACGACCCUCAUGGACUACUUCACCCGCAAUGGUGGAGAGCCCUGUCCAGCGACGGCUAAUCCCGCCGAGCAUAUGUUGAAAAUCAUUGGAGCCGCCCCUGGAGCACAUACUGAGAUCGACUGGCCUACCACUUGGCGCGAAAGCCCAGAAUACCAGAAUGUUGCAAAGGAGCUUGUCAAGCUGAGAGAGCUCGCCCAUGACCCUUCGGCUAUAGCAAAGACGCACGACUCUUCCAGUUACCAAGAGUUCUCCGCGCCGAUGACCACACAAUUAAUGGUGGUUGGGUGUCGUGUGUUUCAACAGUACUGGCGUUCGCCUGGAUAUAUCUACUCCAAAGCGCAGCUCGCCAUCUUGUCGGCAUUGUUUAUUGGAUUUUCCUUCUUCAUGGAAGAAAGUACUUACCAAGGGCUGCAAAAUCAGAUGUUCGGCGUUUUCAUCAUCUUGCUCGUCCUGGUGCAGAUGAUAUUCCAGACGCUUCCCGCCUUCGUCACUCAGCGGACAUUGUAUGAAGCCCGUGAGCGUCAGUCAAAAACAUAUUCUUGGCAGGCCUUCAUUUUGACCAACAUGUUCGUUGAGGUGAUGUGGUAUAUGUUCCUGUCCAUCUUCACCUUCGCGUGCUGGUAUUACCCUCUCGGCUGCUAUCGGAACGCCGAGAUAACCGACUCAUUGCAUUCACGCAGCACUCUCAUCUUCCUACUGAUCUGGGUCACCUUCAUCUGGGCCAGCACGUUCGGACAUAUGAUGAUCUCGGGUCUUGGUGCCGUUGAAGUUGCCUCCACUCUUUCCACUUUCCUCGUUUUCAUUUGUUACUGCGUCUGCGGUUUACUCGUUCCACCAUCUGCACUGCCACACUUCUGGGGUUGGGUAUACCGCGCCAACCCCUUGACAUACCUCGUCACCGGAUUCCUUUCAACCGCUCUUGCCAAGGCACCCAUGCACUGCGCUGAUAACGAAUACCUAUCAUUCAUUGCGCCGCCAAAUCAGAGCUGCGCUCAGUACAUGCACGACUAUAUCAACGACAACGGCGGUGCCCUCGUCAAUUCUGGCGCAAUUGGCAACGGCGAAGACUGCCUGUACUGCCAAUUCACCGAAACAGAUCAGUUCCUUGCAAAUCUCGGGGUUGAUUACUCCCAGCGAUGGAUGGCCUUUGGAGUGCUGUGGGCGUAUGUUGCUUUCAACAUUUUCAUGGCGGUUUUCCUCUAUUGGCUUCUCCGUGUGCCGAAGAAGAGCAAGCGCUAG